AUGGUUCCGCGUUCUUUGAUUGACUGUGUACCAAUUAAAAAAGCUGCAAAUACUUUGACAGUAACUAAAAUUUGGUGGCACCUGACAGACUUACUGUUCCUCAUUCUUCAUUCGAAUGAGGAAGAAGAAGAAGAAGAAUAUGGCACAGAUGAAGAAAUGUUAGCAGCAGCACUAACUUUUUCUAUGGAGACGAGCAGCAACGACGAAACAACGUUAGCAGCGUCGGUCUCAACUAAAAUUAGUGCAUCAUAG